AUGUCCAAGAGAAAGGCUGAAGGGGAUGCUAAAGGAGAUAAAGUCAAGGUGAAAGGCGAACUACAGAGAAGAUGCGCCAGUUCAUCAGCGAAAACUGCACCUCCAAAAACAGAGCCGAAGCCUAAAAAGGCCCCUGCAAAGAAGGGAGAGAGGUUCAAAGGGAAAAGGGGGUAAGCUGAUGUUGGCAAGGAUGGUAAUAACCCUACAGAAAAAGGAGAGGCCAAAACAGACCAGGCACAGAAAGCCGAAGGUGUUGGAGAUGCCAAGUGA